AUGGUCAACUUCAAGUAUCUUGGCGCUCUUGUUAGCGCCGCUCCGGCUCUGGCAGCCUUUGGUGUCACCACCAGUGGGAAUAACCUCAUCGUUGACUCUGGCAACUCCAACGGCUUUUCAGUCUCUGUCAGCAAGUCUGACUGCUCAAUCAACUCUAUCAAGUACCGUGGUAGCGAGUACCAGUACAAGUCUCAGACUUCUCAUAUCGCAUCUGGCCUGGGAUCAGCCAGUGUCCAGUCCACCGUGCUCAACAACAAGUACAUCAAGGUCACUUGCACCGCCAAGUCGGGCGACUUUGACCUGACUCAUUACUACGUUGUUCAGAACGGCCAGAGCAAUGUCUACAUGGCCACCGACACAAAAUCCGAGCCCAAGAUCGGUGAGCUUCGCUACAUUGCUCGUCUGGAUCGCUCUCUGCUGCCCAACGAGAUCCCCUUUGGCGAAGCCUCCAACACGUCUGGUGGUUCAGCCAUCGAGGGCUCUGAUGUCUUCAACGUCAAUGGCCAGACCCGCUCCAAGUUCUACUCGUCUCAGCGCUUCAUCGACAACGACGUCUGGUGCUUCCAGAGCAGCGGCAAGGACGUCCACGCUUGCAUGGUCACUCACGCCUCGCGCUCGUACGAGAAGAGCUCUGGCGGUCCUUUCUUCCGUGAUAUCAACAGCAACAACAAUGGUGACUUUAGCGCUCUCACCUUUUACAUGAACUCGGGUCACGUUCAAACCGAAGAUUUCCGCCAGGGUUUCCACGGCCCCUACGCCUUGUCUUUUUCCCGCUCUGGUGUCCCCAAGGCCAAAGAUGUUGACAUGACCUUUUUCAAUGACCUUUCUAUCCCUGGCUACACUGCCGACUCGUCUCGUGGUCGGGUCAGCGGUACUGCUACUGGUGUCCAGUCUGGGUUCCAGGGUACUGUUCACUGGUUCAACAAGGAUUUCCAAUACUGGGCUUAUACUUCAUCCAACGGUGCUUUCACUUCUCCCUUCAUGGUCCCCGGUACUUACACCCAGGUUCUCUAUCAGGGUGAGCUCAAGGUCGCUUCCAAGAGCGUGAGCGUCUCCGCUGGUGGUACUGCAUCUUCUUCCAUUGCUGCCAACUCCGACAUCACAACUGGAAAGCACACCUCUGUCUUCCGCAUUGGUAACUGGGACGGUCAGCCUACGGGUUUCCGUAACGCUGAUAAGCAGCUGCGCAUGCACCCCAGCGACAAGCGCAUGUCCAGCUGGGGUCCUCUGACAUACACCGUCGGCUCCAGCUCGGUCGGAGACUUCCCCAUGGCCAUCUUCAAGGCCGCCAACAGUCCUGUUACCAUCAAAUUCAAUCUUCCUUCUGCUAUCUCGGGCCAGGCAACCCUCCGUAUUGGUACCACUCUUGCCUUUGCCAGUGGCCGACCUCAAGUCACCGUCGGCAGCUUCAAGAAGGCCUUUGACGCGCCAACCAAGAUUGACUCACGAGGUGUCACUCGCGGAGCGUACCGUGGCCAUGGCGAGGUGUAUGAUGCUGUUAUUCCUGCUGGUACGCUGAAGCAAGGAUCCAACACUAUCACCAUUGAAGUCAUCUCUGGUAGCUCUGGUGCUGACUUCCUGAGCCCCAACUUUAUCUUUGAUGCCGUUGAGCUAUUUUACUAG